UGAAGACACCUGUUUUGAGUAUGGGGUUUUCCCUGCUAUCCUGAGCUUCCCACUUGACUACCCGUUGAGCCCUCCGAAGAUGAGGUUCACGUGUGAGAUGUUCCAUCCCAACAUUUACCCAGAUGGGAGAGUCUGCAUCUCUAUCCUUCAUGCUCCUGGGGACGAUCCCAUGGGAUACGAGAGCAGCGCAGAGCGAUGGAGUCCUGUGCAGAGUGUGGAGAAGAUCCUCCUCUCGGUGGUCAGCAUGCUGGCAGAGCCAAAUGAUGAGAGUGGAGCCAAUGUAGAUGCCUCCAAGAUGUGGCGUGAAGACAGAGAACAGUUUAACAAAAUUGCCAAGCAGAUUGUGCAGAAGUCACUUGGACUUUAAGCUCACAGAGAGACUGAAGUGCUUUGUAUUUCUCUCCACCUGGAAACGAGCAGUGCUCAGUGCUGGUACCAAAAAGGAAAACUUUGUAAAACUAUUGGCCUAGUUCUUAUCAUUCAUUAUUUAUUUGCCAUCUCUUAUCUUCCACUGCUCCAGAGAAGCCUCUAGUUCACUUGCUAAAUUGUGUGGAAAAGGGAUUUAAGACUAGGGAAGAACACAGAGACAAUGCUGUUUGGAAGGCUGCUUGUUGCUGCCUCGCGUGGUGGUGUGGAGAGCCUGGAGACUUGGCAAUCUGCUUCUGGAGAGCAGCACUGGUGUGGAUCGACUGCUGGAAGUAUUAGCUGUGUUUUUGUAGGUAGCAUUGCCUCUGGAACAGCAGCAGGCAGGACAUAAUCUCUCCAGUUUGUGAUACUCACUGGGUUAAGGGCAGCAUUUGCAGCAG